AUGAUCUCAUCACUACGAAAUCAUCCACCUCGACGAUUAACUCUUUGGAGUGAUUAUACUAAAUUACGUUUUAAUAUUAUUGACAAUAUUCUUACUUAUACACCUAACAUCGCAUAUUUAUAUUUACAAACAAUAUAUCCUAUGCUGUUUAUCGAUCUAGCUCGUGGCUUGAUUAAACGACUGCCUCAUUUGUCUCAAUUCGAUUAUUAUGUUAAAGAAAUGUUGACCAAGGAUAAUAGAAUUGGUAAUAUAACUACUUUACAUCAAAUUCAUCCUUAUUAUUUUAAUCGAAUUCAAUGUAUUGAAGAAAAUGACAAAUUUCGAAUUUUUACCAUUUGA